AAUUGGAUCUGAAACAACUCUCAGUCCGUCGUCACUAACUAUGAGUUCUUGGGAUUUCUGGGUAGAAGAAGCAUUAUCCAAACUCGAAUCCCUAAAGCUUCUUCGUUCUCUCAGACCAAUUAUUACUAAUCAAAAUCAUGAAUUACAAUCAAACGAAGAAUCUCUUCAAACAUUUCAUAAUUUAAAUUGCUGGGAUCGAUCUUCAGUAGAAAUUCAAAUUUCAGAACCUACAUUCCAGAAUUGGAUUCAGAAUCUUCCCAGUUCCGGUGAUGAAAUCAUUCCUAUCAGAGAUAAUGGAGAUUCAAUCAUAGGAGGAGGAGUAGGAGCUCAGCCGCAAAGGUUGAGAAAAUUAGUGUUAUUCUCUGGAAAUGAUUACUUAGGAUUGAGUUCUCAUCCAGCUGUUCGGAAAGCCGCAGCAGAGGCAGUAUUGAAGUAUGGAAUGGGUCCAAGAGGUUCAGCUUUGAUUUGUGGGUAUACUAGUCACCAUAGAUUACUCGAGUCAUGUUUGGCGGAUCUCAAGAAGAAAGAGGAUUGUCUUCUCUGUCCUACUGGCUUUGCAGCUAAUAUGGCUUUGAUGGUAGCACUAGGAAGUGUUGGUUCACUCCUAGCCGAUGGCAAAAAACCAUUAAAGAAUGAGAAGGUUGCUAUUUUCUCUGAUGCUCUGAACCAUGCAUCAAUCAUUGACGGUAUUCGCCUUGCUGACCGACAACAAGUUCAGAUCUAUGUUUAUAAACACUGUGACAUGGUCCACCUAAAUACUUUGUUAUCAAGUUGCACACUGCAGAAAAAAGUCGUUGUCAGCGAUGGGUUGUUCAGUAUGGAUGGAGAUUUUGCACCAAUUAAAGAGCUUGCGGAGCUUCGAAAGAAGCAUGGCUUUUUGUUGGUCAUCGAUGAUGCUCAUGGAACACUUGUUUGUGGAAAGAAUGGUGGGGGAGUUGCAGAGGAGUUCAACUGUGAAAGUGAUGUGGAUAUAUGCGUAGGGACCUUGAGUAAGGCUGCCGGAUGCCAAGGUGGAUUCGUAGCUUGCAGCAAAAAGUGGAAGCAGCUCUUACAAUCCAGAGGCCGUUCUUUCAUAUUUUCAACUGCUUUGCCAGUGCCUAUUGCUGCUGCUGCACACGCUGCUAUUGUUGUGGGGAAAAAGGAGAAGUGGCGGAGAAAAGCAAUUUGGAGAAGGGUUCAAGAUUUUCAAGCUCUCACCAAGAUACCCAUUACCAGUCCAAUCAUUUCUCUCGUUGUUGGAAGUGAAGAAAAUGCUCUUAUUGCGAGUAAGCAUCUUCUGGAAUCUGGUUUCCAUGUGACAGCCAUAAGGCCUCCAACAGUGCCUGCUAACUCCUGCAGGUUAAGAGUAACUCUUAGUGCAGCGCACACUGUAGACGAUCUGAUAAAGCUGACAACUGCUCUCUCCAUAUGCAUCAAGUUCAAAGACAUUGGUGUUGUCACGAACUUCUACAAAGCAGAUGGGUACUAUGCAAAGCUGUAGUUCAAAAGAGUCUGUUAAAGUAGUCUAGCAUUGACCAAACUUGUGAUAUUUGCCAAUCAAAUUGGGAAGUUCUAAUCCCAGAAAACAGGUGAAGAUCGGCUCUCAUUAUCUUUUGCUCGGAUAUCAGCAAGUCCAUUAGCUCCCUAGAAAUAUAAGUACUAGAUCAGGAAUCAGAACUUAACAGAAGCUUUUUUGCAACCACUUAUUAUGUCAUUGAUAGUCCAUUUAACGAACCAAUUCUUGCAUUUAUAGCAUUCACUAUGUUGAAAGAGAUUUGGUCGUUGGACACUCUCUCAAAUUCUUUUCAUUUAUUUGAAUUGUUGAUUUUCA